AUGAAUUUAUCUAGAUUUUACUCCCGUCAUAAUAAACUUUAUCCUAUCAAAUCUAAACAUAAAUCUUUAUAGAAGAGCACUUCAUAUACCCCUCAGAAAAAUCGAUCUGUUACUUACAACAAUAAUGAAGAUCUUUUGAAACUGAUCAUUAAUAAUGAAAAUUUAUUAGGAAUAGUCGAAAAUAUAUAAAAGUAACGAUAAGUUUAGAGGUUAGUUCAAGAGACUAAUUCUAAUUCCAAUCUACCAACCAUUCCAAAAGUUGAAAAAUAAAAUUAGAAUUUGUAUCUUAAAUAAGAUAGAAAACGUAGAAGUGAAAGUAUUCCAUAUACAUUUUAAUUGAAUCCAAAAAACAUUCCUUAUUAUUAAGAAAACAGAAUAUAUGGAAAAUUUAUUGAACCAACUGAAUAUAAAAAAAUAGAUUAUGAAUCUAUGAAAACUAUAGAAAUUGCGCUUUCUAAAUAAUUUUAACAAGAAUUUGAAUUAAAGAAUUAAUUGAUUCAAAUAAAAGAAAGAUCAUUAUUAGAAGAUUUAAUAUAAUAGUAAUCACUUGAAUUACAAGAUAAUAAAAAUAAAAAUUGCCAUUCAUAAGAAACUCUGGCUUCUGAUGAUCAAGAUAAAAUCUUUAAGAAAAAAGCAAAAAUAAAUCAAAUUGUCUCAAAUACAUUGAAAUUAAGAAAAUAUAAUCAAGAAUAAAAUAAUCAACAAAAAUUAUCAUUAGAAUUUUAAAUUAAAGAUGAAUUUCAAAAAUAUUUAAAUGGUCAAUUUUGUAAUGAAAGCAUUUACAAUCUGGCUACUAACUAAAAUUAAUAUAUUAAGAAGCCAAAAUACACUAAGAUUAUAAGGAAAUGA